AGUCAAUAGUCUUAUCAUGAGUGAUUGCAAAUGGAACCCACGUGACGAAAUAUCAAUUCACAGUACCAUUAAAUUUGUGGGGUUUGGCGAAAAGAUCCCGGAGAUAUCAAGAGCUGUGGUCAGGAAAAUACCCAAACGAAACCAAAUUGAGCAUUAUGUCUGUCUCAAUUAAUUGAGGUCAACAAUAUAAAUUUUAUCGUUUCAUUGAGUUAGGUUCAGGACUACUUGUGAUCCCGGAAACAAAAAUGUUGGAAACACAUUACCUAAAGACACAUCAAUCACAUCUUUCACAUACAGUUGGAUCUCAUUUUUAGUAGAAUUCAACUGUCUAUAAGAGAGGUAUGAUUGAUGUGCCUGUAACAUAAUGUUCCCUAGCACGUCGGGGGGAAAUACUCGGGAGAAUAUAAGUUCCGGUCCCUAGUCGCCUGUAGGGGGAGAGUGCAACCAUUUCUAAUUAGUCCGUAGAUUGCAAAAUCUGUUCAUCACAUCGCAAUGAAGGUUGAAAUCCUUUCAAGCAAGGUAAUAAAACCAUCAAUCCCAACCCCACUCCACCUCAAGGAACACAAAGUCUCUUUCCUCGACCAGCUAGCUUCUCCGAUCCACUUCGGCAUGGUCUUCUUUUUCCUCCCUUCCGAUUCAAAAUCCAGCACGACCGUGUCAAAUACUAACGAAAACAGCAGCAAAACGUGUGAUCAGCUGGAUAGAUCCCUGUCUGCGACCUUAAGCCGUUAUUACCCCCUAGCGGGUAGGUUCUUCAAAGGCGAUUUCGUAGUGGAUUGUAACGACCAAGGGGUAGAAUUCUCGCGAGCAAAAGUGAGCGGCGAAAUCGCGGGCAUCGUCCGCGGAAGUCCAGAAAUGAAACUGAUCGACGCGUUAGUCCCCGACCCGUUGGGCAUGGCUAGAUCAGACCCGUGGCCGGUUUUAGCAGUUCAGAUCAACGUGUUCGAUUGCGGUGGGAUCGCGAUAGGUAUCCGAAUUCUGCACACUCUAGGGGAUGGAGUUUCUGUACUUGCAUUUCUGAAAGACUGGGCUUCUGGAGAUCGGGCAGGGUUGAAGCAGGAGCUGGUAUGUUGUCCAAGUUUCGAGUUGGGUUCUCUUUUUCCAGCAAGAAAAUUGGUGGAGUUGAAGCCUUUGCGGCCUGCCAAUUUUCCAUCAAACAGGCUAGUCACGAAGUGCUUCUUGUUUGAUGGUGCCACAAUAUCAGCUCUGAAAUCAGAAGCAGGAGCCUCUGGCUCAGGUGAAUUAGCUGAACGCAAACCUUCAAGGGUGCAAGCGGUGACAGCAAAUAUAUGGAGAGCUCUCAUCCAAAUCUCUCAAGCAAAACACGGCCACUCGAGGCCUUCUCUGAUGUCCUUCGCCAUGAGCUUGCGCGGGAGACUAAUUCCUUUCCAAAUACCAAAAAAUUCUUACGGGACCCUCGUCGGCCACACAACCGUUCGAUACAACCCCGGUGAGAGCAGCACGGAGUUGAACACCUUAGUGGGUCUGCUCCGAAAUGCGAUAACCAAAACAAGCAACGACUACGCGAAGGCGCGACACAGCGACGAGAUUUACUCGAUGCUGAUCGACUACUACAACGAGAUAGGCGGAGACAAGCCGAGCGGGGUGGACCUCUGCCGUUUUACGAGUUGGUGUGGGUUCUCUUGCUAUGGAAUUGACUUUGGUUGGGGAAAGCCCAGUUGGGUGGCUACUGUGUCUAAGUCUGUGGAACUUGUUUUUUUGUUGGAUGACAUAUCUGGUGAUGGAAUUGAAGCUUGGGUGACCUUGAAUGAAGAUGACAUGGUUGAGUUCGAUCGCCGUCAUCUGGACUGUCAAUGCAAGCCGUCUGCACUGGGAAUUUGUUGCAAAUUAUAGACUCUACUUACAUGUUCCUAAUUCCAUCUCUUGCUUUCUCUCUGUUUUGGCUAAUUAGCUCACUUUGAGUUAUCAAAUUUGUCCAGCCUAUCUUUGAUUCUGUCGAUCAUAUUGUGAUUUUGUGAGGUUAUCUUGAUUGGGCGGUGUGUUUGGGAACCAAUUAUUUUUUAGAUUCUUGGGUGUGAAUUGUGGAUUUUAAAUUUUCGUAUUGUAUUGUAAUCGUAGUAAAGUGUUUCCAUGAUAAUGUUCAUAAUAGACUAAGGAUGAUGUGUGGAAUUAUAAUGAGAAUCCAAGAAGUUUCUUUAAA